UUUUUCGAGUUUUAAAUCGCGGAAGUGUUGCCACUGUGUUGUGUUUUGUGCAGUGCGUGCACAAAUACUUAUUAUAUUUUUCAAGUAUUUUCAUCGUAGGACGGCGUUUUAACAGGAUAGGAAAGCCUAAACAGACAGAAAAUGGAGGACGAUGCUCCUGUUAUUUAUGGUCUCGAAUUUCAGGCACGGGCACUCACAGCCCAGACAGCUGAAACUGAUGCCAUUCGUUUCCUCGUGGGCACUCAGUCACUGAAAUUUGAUAACCAGAUCCACAUCAUUGACUUUGAUGAUGAGAAUAACAUCAUUAAUAAGAAUGUCCUUCUGCACCAAGCUGGGGAGAUAUGGCACAUUGGCGCCAGUCCUGCAGAUAAGGCUGUGCUUACCACCUGCUAUAACAAAACCAGUGACAGCAGGGUGGUUUCCUGUGCAGCAGUAUGGCGGAUGCCCUCUGACUGGGAGACAGGUAGCCAUGAGUCACCUGACGACACCGCCCACAACCCCCAAAUCCUGGAGCUGCUAUGUCACCUAGACGACAGUGCCCACGGCAACGCCGCCUGUGUGCUUUGGGAACCCAUGGGAGAUGGCAAACGUGUGAUUUCAUUGGCUGAUAACCACGCACUACUCUGGGACCUGCAGGAGAGCUCCACACAGGCCACAGUCUCCAGCACUGCCACACUGGAGGGUAAAGGUCAGCUGAAGUUCACCUCAGGAAAGUGGAGCCCCCACCACAACUGCAGUCAGCUUGCCACAGCAAAUGACACGGCCAUACGAGGCUGGGACCUUCGCACUAUGAGUCAGAUCUACUGUAUAGAGAACGCCCAUGGCCAGCUGGUGCGUGACCUGGACUUCAACCCCAACCGCCAGUACUACUUGGCCAGCUGUGGAGAUGACUGCAAGGUCAAGUUCUGGGAUGUCCGCAAUGUCCAGGAGCCUGUCAAGACCCUGGAGGAGCACUCCCACUGGGUAUGGAGCGUCCGCUACAACCACAGCCAUGACCAGCUGGUGUUGACAGCCAGCAGUGACAGCCGCCUCAUCCUCUCCAAUAUGGUGUCUAUCUCUUCAGAGCCAUUCGGACACUUAGUGGACGACGAGGAGCUCAGUGAGGGGGAGGACAACCACCAGGACGACAAAGCUAAGGAGCCCCUAAAGGACAGUGUGGUGUCCACCUAUGAGGAGCAUGAGGACAGUGUGUACGCGGCAGAGUGGUCAUCAGCUGACCCCUGGCUGUUCGCCUCACUCAGCUACGACGGACGCCUCGUCAUCAACCGGGUCCCCCGUGCCCUCAAAUAUCGCAUCCUGCUCUGAGAGGAGAGGAGAGGAACAGGUGAUCUGAAUGAGUGUGUGUGUGUGUGUGUGUGUGUGUACAGUACGAGUGCAAAAGAAGAGAGGACAAUACAUCUAUGCGCAUCCAUUGCUACAAAGACCUAUCUUUACACAUUCCAUUAUGUGUGCUGCCUAAGGUUCUGCAAACUGCAUGUUCAGGCAGCAAUAGCAAAGAGUGUGUGUGAUGUAAAUAUACUGUAGGACAUAUGUUCCAUUGACCUCUGUAAACAUUCUUCUGAAUAUGCCAAUUAAAGUAAAAGAACACAAAAAA